AUGGCACAACCACUUAUCGUUAGCAUUUGCCAAUUGAGUUAUUAUUAUCAAGGCUUUCAAGCUGAACUGAGCUUAGUCACAUCACUUCUAGCCGUUCUCCAUCGUCAUGAUUUCGAAAUAAAACCAGUGAGCAUGAAUCGUGACAGUGUUCUUUAUGUUUGUACUCAUCGCGGAUCAGGUGUUGAUAUUAAUAAACUUCAUCAAGAAAUGACGCUUCACGUGACGGCUGCAGGAAAAACACCGGAUCAAUUUAUACAAUGGACAUUCGCUUAA